GUUUGUGGAGGAGGAAUGACAAAUAGGUAUUGUGUACAUUUUCUGAUUUUGUACCUGUGAAACAUGAUCUCAGUCAGAGCGUGCGUGUUUCAUCCAGACCCUACGGUAACGAGUCUCAGAUGAAGCCACAAGUGAUUGUCAGACAAAGGUUGUCAGAGUAGACUGCAGGGACCUGCGAGAGGGGUGUCAAAAUAUAAAAAGGGGGAUCUUUUAAUGACAUGUAUUCAAUGGACAUAAGCAGAUACAUGACAGUACGUUGAAAGGUACAGUGGGCCUAUUUACCAAAGUCGUUUUAGUGACAUCAUUUACAAUGGAAACUAAUGUGGCAACCAGAUCCGCUCAUCACUGGGGUUCCAAAUUCCAUCUAUCCCAAGAGGAGUCUGAAUGGAGUUGUGUGGCCCCGGUAUGAAGGACAACGGAGGCUCUCUGUGCCAGGUAGAGCAGCUGCCCUACCCCUGUGUCCCCCUGCCUGACCCAGGAAGUGCUGGGUGCCGUAUACAGGCUAAUAGACACCUCCACAACCACCACCUCAACCAUCAGCUCCAGUCCUGGGUGAGCCGACCAGCCCCAGACCUAACCUCAACCCCAACUCCAGCCUCCCGACACAGGGCCAAUGGGGUGGUGGGUGCCUGGUGCAGCAGCCCAGAGUGUCCAGCCUCCCGCCUGGAUGAAGUGACUGAUCAGGCCUUGAGAGGGGCAGGGAUGGGGACAGGCAGGGUGCUGGUGACCGGGGGAGCAGGGUAUUUCGGGUUGAGGCUGGGGAGAGCUCUGGUCAGCCAGGGAGUGUCUGUGGUGCUGCUGGAUCUUCACAAGCCACAGUGGGAUACUCCAGACGGUACUGUCUUCCAUCAGAGCGACAUCCGGGACUAUGAUUCUCUGUAUAAGAUCUGUGAGGGGGUCGACUGUAUAUUCCACACCGCUUCCUAUGGGAUGUCAGGCCCAGAACAGCUGAGGAAAGAGCAGGUGGAGUCGGUCAACGUCGGAGGGACGAACAACGUCAUUAAUGUGUGUGUGGAGAAGGGCAUCACCAGGCUGGUCUACACCAGUACGAUCAACGUGACGUUUGCUGGCAAACCCAUAGAGGAGGGCGACGAGGACUCAUUGCCCUGUGUCCCCCUGGACAUGCACAUAGACCACUACUCCAGGACCAAAUCUAUCUCUGACCAGAUGGUCCUAACAGCCAAUGGACGCUCACUCAAAGGUGGGGGUCUCUUGCGGACCUGUGUUCUGAGACCCUCAGGCAUCUACGGGCCAGAAGAGAGACGACACCUACACAGGGUUAUGGUGAAUGUGGAGCGCCGGUUGUUCAGUUUUAGCUUUGGAAACCGCCAGGCCAAGAUGAACUGGGUCCAUGUGGACAACCUGGUGUUGGCCCACAUCCUGGCUGCUGAGAGCCUCACACCCAAGAGGAACUGUGUGGCUAGUGGACAGGCCUACUUCAUCAACGACGGGGAAUCUGUCAACCUGUUUGAAUGGUUAACACCACUGUUUGAGAAGCUGGGGUACAGCCGACCGUUGAUACACUUGCCUGUCUCACUGGUCUAUUCAGCAGCCAUUCUGAUGGAAUGUUUACACCUGGCUCUGAGGCCAAUAGUGGAGAUCCCUCUGCUCUUCACCAGAAAUGAGGUGAGGAACAUUGCAGUGAGCCACACCUUCAAGAUCGAGAAGGCCCGUCGAGACCUGGGCUACUGCCCCAGACGCUACAGCCUGGGGGACUCAGUGGACCAGUACAUACGGUCCCGACCAUCCUGCUCCAGGCCCUCCCCCCUAGGCCCCUCUUGGACUGUUCCCCUGCUCCUGGUCCUCCUGCUGCUGUUGGGGUUCAGCCUGGCUGUCCUCCUACUUUGCUCCUGGCUCUGGGAUCACUAGGUAGCUACUGUGGCUAAAACUCAAGUAACAGCCCACUAAGACCCAACCCAAAUCAAACACAGCUAAUACACUCACUAAUACGUUUUAUUUGUUAGCCGCCUUUCUGGACACCUAUGGUCUUGGCCUUACAUCAAGCUAAAAGCAAUGAUAGAAAGCAUGCAUAGUGUACAUCUAGAUACACAUAGAAGACCACAUUAAUAUACCACAUACUGUUGACCUAAUGCUAGCAACUCCGCCCUUCUAUAAUGUUUAUCAUGGUAUAUCAUGUUAUCAUACAAAUGACUAAGGCUGUAGAUGGAUGAUUAUCAAAUGUAUAGUAUGUAGAAUAUUUGAAAUAAUAUGGUGCUUUGUUCAAACCCUAUUGCCUUCCAUAGGGCGGAGUAUAUCAUGUAUCUGGGUUUAUUUUCUUGAGAAAGAGGUUCUAAUAUAUUGAACCAGAGAAUCAUAAUGUGAAUACAGUACAGUACAGUACAGUACAGUACAGACUUAAAAAGUACUACAUGGUAUGACUUUCUGUGAAUUUAGAAAUUUAACAUUUUAUUGGACUGAAGUGAAAACAGAAGUUUUAGUAAAAAGGAUUCCUCUUUGCAUUGAUGUUUAUAUACUGUAUAUAUAUAUAUACAGUCCCAGUCAAACGUUUAGACACACCUACUCAUUCAAGGGUUUUUCUUUAUUUUUACUAUUUUUUACAUUGUACAAUAAUAGUGAAGACAUCAAAACUAUGAAAUAUCACAUAUGGAGAUCAACCAAAUUGAGAAGACUGCUGUGUCUUUGUGAAAUGCAGAGUAGGUGAAUGGAUGAUCUCCGCAUGUGUGAUUCCCACCAUGAAGCAUGGAGGAGGAAGUGUGAGGGUGUGGGGGUGCUUUGCUGGUGACAAUGUCUGUGAUUAAUUUAGAAUUUAAUGCACACUUAACCAGCAUGGCUACCACAGCACUCUGCAGCGAUACGCCAUCCCAUCUGGCUUGUGCGUAGUGGGACUAUCAUUUGUUUUUCAACAGGACAAUGACCCAACACACUUCCAGGCUGUGUAAGGGCUAUUUAACCAAGAAGGAGAGUGAUGGAGUGUGGCAUCAGAUGACCUGGCCUCUACAAUCCCCCGACCUCAACCAAUUUGAGAUAGUUUGGUUUGGGAUGAGUCGGACCGCAGAGUGUAGGAAAAGCAGCCAACAAGUGCUCAGAUGUUGGAAAAGCAUUCCAGGUGAAGCUGAUUGAGAGAAUGCCAGGACUGUGCAAAGCUGUCAUCAAGGCAGUGGCUACUUUGAAGAAUCUCAAAUAUAAAAUGUAUUUUGAUUUGUUUAGCACUUUUAUGGUUACGACAUGAUUCCAUGUGUUAUUUCAUAGUUCUGAUGACUUCACUGUUAUUAUACAAUGUAGAACAUGUUAAAAAUAAAGAAAAAUAAAGAACAACACUUGAAUGAGUAGGUGUGUCCAAACUUUGGACUGGUGCUGUAUAUAUAUAUAUAAAUAUGUUGAUUGUCAUUCAUAAUAAUGCAUGCCCCCCCCCCCCUCAUCUUCUUUGGUGAGGGAUUUGUUGUGAUCCACAUUUAGUCUGUAGGAUUAAAUCAACCAGUCAUAGUCAUUUUAUAAGCUUUUGGGAAAAAGAGAAAGCCUUUCUAUGUUGAAUGCCAAUUACUAUUUUGUAUUAAGAAUAGUUUUUAUGUUUAUGGUGUGUAUCUGAGAAAUAUUUAAUUGCUCCCAGUGCUCUUCCAUUUUUCUUCAAUUCAAAUAUUGCAAUAUGAAACAAUGAUUAAAUAAUAUGUUUUGCUGAAUGACAUGAACGGAAUAAAGCCUUACUAAACACAA